CGCGCAGCCCCGCCCGCCCGGCGCCCGACGUCAGCCGGGGACCACUGCCAGACCCGCCGCUGGAGCCGGCCUCCCUGAUGUCCGGCCCCUUGUGACGCUCCGGUGCAGCCAUGGCGGGGGCCAAGGGCUGCUAUGAAGGGAAGAUCGCUGGCCUGUAUGACCUGGAGCGCACGCUGGGCAAGGGCCACUUCGCCGUGGUCAAGCUGGCGCGGCACGUCUUCACGGGGGAGAAGGUGGCGGUGAAGGUGAUCGACAAGAGCAAGCUAGACAUGAGCGCCGCAGGGCAGCUGCUGCAGGAGGUGCGCUGCAUGAAGCUGGUGCAGCACCCCAACGUGGUGCGGCUCUAUGAGGUCAUCGACACCCACUCCAAGCUCUACCUCAUCCUGGAGCUGGGGGACGGCGGCGACAUGUUUGACCACAUCAUGCGGCACGAAGGCGGGCUGGCCGAGGGGUGCGCCAAGCACUACUUCGCCCAGAUUGUCCAUGCCAUCUCCUACUGUCACAAGCUGCACGUGGUGCACCGCGACCUCAAGCCCGAGAACGUGGUCUUCUUCCAGGAGCAGGGCGUGGUCAAGCUCACCGACUUCGGCUUCAGCAACCGCUUCCAGCCCGGCAAGAUGCUCACCACGAGCUGCGGCUCACUGGCCUACUCGGCACCCGAGAUCCUGCUGGGGGAUGAGUACGACGCCCCAGCCGUAGACGUCUGGAGCCUGGGCGUCAUCCUGUAUAUGCUGGUGUGCGGCCAGCCGCCCUUCCAGGAGGCCAAUGACAGCGAGACGCUGACCAUGAUCAUGGACUGCCGCUACAUCAUCCCGCCCCACGUGUCCUCACAGUGUUCUGAUCUGAUCGGCAGGAUGCUGCAGCGGGACCCCAAGCAGCGGGCCUCCCUAGAGCAGAUUGAGAUGCACCCCUGGCUGCAGGGCGUGGACCCCUCCCCAGCCAGCCGCUGCCUGCUGCCCCUGACGUCGCACAAGCGGGUGUCUGAGGAGGAACAUGACAUCAUCAUCCAGGCCAUGACAUGCGGGAACAUAGCGGAUCGGGACGUCAUCCAGGAGGCCCUGGAGGCCGAUCGCUACAACCACAUUACGGCCACGUACUUCCUGCUGGCAGAGCGGAUCCUCCGGGAGAAGCAGGAGAAGCAAAGUCACAAGCUCAGCUUGGUCUACAACCUGGCCCAGCAGGUGCAGAAUGGCGCCAAUCUGUCGGACCCAUUCAGCGCCAUGGGCGACUCCCGGGACCUCUCGCCCUUUGCAGAGAUGCCAGAUAGACUGGCAGCUUUCUCCAACCCCCAGCCCCGGGCUGCCGCCGAGGAUUCUGGGAAAAGAGAUGGCAGACCCAUUUCUUUUUCUGCCCUGGGGGACGACAACACGCCCCAUGGAAAUGAGCAGCUGGUCCGAGCCCUGCUCAGUCCCGCCCUGGCGGACGCCCCCAUGGCCAAGAGCACCCCGGCUCUGCAGCAGAUCUGCGAGGAGGAGGAGGAGGAAGAGGAGGAGGAGGGGAAGGCCAGUGCAAUGGGAAGGAGAAGCUCCUCGCUAAACCAAGAGCAAAUGCGAGAUUUCCAGAGCUCCAAGGUUUCCCUGUUGUUCUGCCGCAGCACUGUGGCCCACAGUAAGGGGGAGAAGAGCUUUGGGGCCACCAAGCCAGGCCUCUUGGAGCAGGGCCUGGGGAGCAGCUGGCAGCUGCCGCCUCUCAGGGGGGCGCCAAGUCCCAGGAACGAGCCGGGUCAGCCCCGAGAGGGGACAAGCCACGGUGCAGCACGGGACGCCAUGGACAAUCUCAGCGUAAGCGUUGGGGAGCGCGCCCCCAGCCCCCUCCGUGUGGGGACGCCAGCGGCAGAGGGGGACACAGAGCUCCGGGAGGGCGGGGGAGUGGGUCGGCAGAGGUGCCAGGCUGAAGGCAGCUCGGGGCCGGAGGAGGACACCACCACCACCACAGAAAUGGAGGAUGGGGGCAGCCUGGGGCAAGUGGGCAAGUCCCUGUAUCCAGGGAGCUGCGAGGGCCCCGUUGAUGGCUCUGCCAUGAGCUCUGGGAGCCUCCAGGCCACUUCAAGUGGGAUGUCAGUUCCAGAAGACAAGUCCAGGAAACUUGACAGGCCCCCUGAGACAGGCUCCUGCAACAGGCACCCAGCUGAGAGCACUCACUGCGGCAGCACUGCCGGCGGCGAAACCAUGGCCGACAACGUGAUCAAGUUAGACCCUGCUAAAAACAAGAGCACCCACCUGAAGGACAGGCUCCUGCAGUUCCCGCUGUGCGAGAAGGCUCUGGCCUUCAAGAUCCGGCCCAGCUCCAAGGAGAGCCUGCUAUCCCUGGGGCAGUUCAACUGCUGCCACGUCAUCUAGUUGGGGCCUGGGCAGGAAAGUGACGGCGCACGGUCCCAGGCCAGGGGGUGCUGGCAGGUGCAGGGCUAAGGAACAACAUGCUGCUUCCGUUCUCGGUCUCUUGCUUCCACAGAGCAGCCGUUCUCCUGGCUCUCUCGGGCCGGACUCAGACCCAGUCCUGUCCACAUUCCCUUCCCUUGCCCCAGGGCCCUGCUUUGGGAGCACGCUGAGUGCGCGGUUCCUCCCGUAGCCAUGCACGUGGCCCCUCAGACGGCGACAGAGCGCGCUGGCCAGGUGGGAGCCACCUGGCCGGCCAGUCUUAUGGAGAGCGUCCCCCUCGCCCACCCGGGAUGGCUACUGGUGCUCUGUCAGCUCCCCCUGCAGCGGCACACUGGGCUCCUGCAAAAUUCCUGCCUUCGUGCUGACCCCUGAGCCCCCACAAAGGUAGGUCCAACAUCAGCAGCUGGGAGAGGGCAGCCGCAGGCUGGGAUCGGCACGGGCUAAGCUGCUUGGUCUCCAGGAAGCCCUAGCCUGUCACAAAGACCAGCGUGGUUGCAGCUGCAUGGGCCAGCAGCCAUGCUUCUCUGUUCCUAAGCCAGAGCCCGGGAGGCUGAAUAAAACGUGGGACCCCAAGAAGCACAGCCACCCAGAUCCCCACUGCUUCUCCUUGGGGACGGCCUCUGCUGGGGCAGAAUUUGGGCCAGUUACCAAAGGGUUAACAGCAGAUGUCAAUGCUCCUGUUCUGGGGAGGAACCCAACCUCCCCUCCACUGCAGCCAUGCACCAGAAGCAGCCCAGGGCCAGACUUCAGCUGCCCCCAGGACCCUUUCGCACCUGCUGGCUGAAAGGAUGCACUGGGGCUGCAAAGCACCCUGGGAAAUGCCUUUCCAACUGGCCCAGAGCCAUCUCCAGAUGCCGGUGGGGCUCCGGGCUCGUGCAGGGCAGUCCAACACCCUGGAGAGGGCCACGGUGAUUGGGGCACAAGUUAGGGUGACUCUCAGAGCUGCUCUAACCUGCUCCACUGGCCCCGGCAGCCCAGGAAACAGCCAUAUUCCCCCAGUCUCUGCACCAGGGACUCCAUGGUGGCAGCACAGUCUGUGCAGAGUGCCACAGAGAUCAGCAGAAGCCGUGCUCGUGCCAUGCACAGCCUCCUCUCGGUGCACCACCAGCUCCAGGGCUCACAGCCGGGUCAGCCCAUGGCUGCCUCUGCGAGCAGAGAAAGGAAGGUGCUGAUGGAACCCACAUGGCGGCACCCCAAGACGCCUGCCAGUGCGUAGCAGUGAUGCCAGCAUGCUGUGCGCUGGGCACACGAGGUCAUACAAGGCUGGAGAAGCCCCACCUCGCUGGGGGAGGCCUGCCAGCCCUCAAUGCACCCUCUUCCUUCUUGCAGCCAGGCUGUGCCCCUAGAGCCUGGCGUCCUGUUGGUCCUGGGGGCACGUCAUGUGACUCUCAGUGCCCAGGCAACCAGCUGCUGCCUCAGCCCGCCUGGCUCUCCCUGGGGUGUUUUUAUAACUAUUAGAAAUAAUUUUUUAAAAUAGUCUAUUUUAAUGGAAUUUAAAUAGAGAUUGCUAUAUCCCCCUCCCCUGCCUGCCAGGGCACCACACCGCGCUUCCAGCCCCAGCCAUGCAUGGCCCCAGGAGCAUUUCCCAUCCCUGUACUCACCCACCCUGGAGCCAGAGGGGCCAUGCCAUGGCCGACAGUGUCUCUGUCUGCAAAGUGGCUCCUGCUCUGAGGACAUGGGGGAGGAUGUAUGUCAUGCACACGCACACAUGUAUACAAUCUAAUCUGUUCCCUCCAGACCCCUGCAAUGAUAAGCUUUCUAUUUAUUAUCUCUCUGUUUUCUUGCUGGCAAGAAAUGAAUUGUGAAUAGAGUCUGAAGACAGAGCUCGCUGCUGAGUUCUGUAUAAUGUGCACUGAAUGGAUCGGGUCCAAUUGGGAAGCAAAGCAAGUCAGUCCAGUAAAAUAAGCUCUUGAUUUCAAAACGGGCGUUUCUAUUUCCUGUGCUGGGCUGCCAGAGAGAGAAACAACCAGGAUUAAUGUCCUGUUUUAUACUGCUGCCUUCUGCCAAACAGUAACAGAUGCCAGGGCUCUGCGGGUUGGCUUCUUGUUGGAGCAGAUAUGGGUAACGCUGAGUCUGGGUAUAGUUUUAAUGCAGUUUGAUUAUUUUCACUUUACACAGCAGGCCUGGAGCAGAGGUGGUCACAAACAGCAUGCAGGCAGGGCGCAAUCCCCAGUUGCCAGAGACAACUCUGCCCCAAGAACUGACCCUAGUUAUAUUAAGCAGAGCUCAAACGUCACUGCUGCUUGCCAGAGCUUCCUGUAAAAUAAACAUCAAAAAAAUUCCCAGUGCAGCAUUUCAUGGAAGGCUGGUUGGUGCCCAACCUCUGAGGAAACUGCCGUGCCAGACCAUGUGUGCCAGCGCCCCCUGCUGUUCACCAAAGGUUAUUUUCAGGUUCCCAAAAGUGAGCUGGACAGGGGAGAGAAACUCCCUGUUCUGAGGGCUUUAGAGCCCAAAUUCAGGGAGGACCAACAAGCAGGGAAGCCAGGCGCUGAGGAAGGAGGUUCCCCUUAGAAGGGCAAAG